CCUGCUGAUGUUAGAUUAUACUGUGCCUCACACAGAGAGACUCACCUUCAUGGAGAAAAUAGAAGCCUCAUCAAUGAGUCUGUCAAAUGCUAACCUGCUUCUGGAGAGUCUGAAUGGAUUCGAUUUGAAAGAAGCUGCGACUGACAUCGUACUGGCAAAUGAAAGUGCCACUAUUUCUGGACCACUUGACUUUGCAGGAACUGUCACUGUGGGCCAACUCCACGUCACCGGUACGGUCGAUGGAGUUGAUGUUGAUGACCUUGCAACCCGCAGUCUGAAGAGAGAGGCAUUGCAAUCACAGUUGGUGGAAGGGAAAAUCACAGUAGAUGGGGCAGUUCACUUGAACUCUGCACCAAAUCUGCAUGUAGUAAACAACAAGAGCUGGGCAGAUCACUUAGGCAAGGUAGUGCCAUUGAACCAUGAUGGCAUAAUCACCGGAACGAAAAUAAUAGAUCAACCUGUAUUUGUCCUGGGUGAUUUCAACCCUAGCACUGUCAACGGUAUUGAUUUGGCCGAACUUGUACCCAGAAUCUUGACCAAAAGUGGUAACCAGAGCAUCAUCGGCAACUACACAUUCAGCUCCAAUAUUACGGCUACAAAUAUUGAUGCCCCGGUUAUUGACGAAGUGAAUACCAGUGACCUUUUGUUGUUGGAUCAGGAUGGAUUUUUGGAAGGAACGGUUGUCUUUGAGGAGAAUGUCGUCAUGAGCAGUGUCUUGUCCGGCACAGGCUUGCUUGAUGGUUGCGAUGUUAUGGAGCUUGAGAUGUCUGCUUCCUGGAAUAAAAGUGUAGGAGAAGUUGACAUAUUUUCGCCUGUCAAUCUGCAUAAGCUUGUAGUGAAGGAGAAUGCCAUCUCAGAGAUUAUCCUGGCUGGAUCCUCCAAGAUUAAUGUCCAGCAUUUCCUUGAAACCUUGGUCCGAAAGUCCUCGGAUCAAGAGAUAACAGGGAACACAACUUUUUCUGCUGAUGUACAAAUAAACGACCUUUGGGCAGAAACUCUGGAUGGAGUUUAUGUGGACAAGCUUUAUAAUAUAGCUGUACAGGAUAAUCAGGAUACGGUCAUUAGCUGUGACCUCCAGUUUACCAAUGAAGUUUCGGUGGCGAAUCUGACCGUAAGCAGGACCAUAUCUCGUCUUGAUACUGACGGAGUGCUCAUCAACUUCCUGAAUAUAUCGGCUCUUGGCAGUCGAGCAGUAUUAACGACGAGUGAUUCCCUCUUCAUCGACGGCUCUAAGAUCUUUGUUGAUGGAUUUGCUGCUGGAAACCUCGACAUUUCUGAAUCACUUGGUGACGUCUUGGCAAGCGAUCUGAUUGUGGUCUCCAAGGAUUGGGAAGUGCCCAGUGGCAUUACUUUCGAGGCCCCCAUUAGUGUCAGCGAAAAUCUGAAGGUGGAUGGACACUUAGACGGAAUAGACCUAAAGCAGUUGCUGGAAGAACGCGUCACUUUGAACGGCAACGGGACUUUGACUUCACAUUGCAUAUUUGAAGAAAUUGAAGUGAAAGGUAACCUUGAGGUAGAAGAGAUCAACACCCUUACACUCUCUGAUGUUGUGGUAAAAUCUGGUAAAUCUCAACAACAUAUCACCGGCGUGAAGGAGUUAAAUGGAGGCCUGUUUGUAAAUGGAACCAUUGAUUUGAUGCAGAUCAAUGAAAUGGAUAUAAUGGAGCUGAACAGAUCUGUUGUUUGGAAGGAUAAACCUGCUACAUUUGGAAAAAGUUUGGUUAUUGAGAACGUGGUCGACUCGGAAACUUCGGUUACUGUACAAGGAACAGUUAAUGGCUUGGGGCUUCACGAUCUUGACCACGAGGUCUCGAACAUCAUGUCAAACAUUAAGUCCCAAAGUGAAAAGAUGACCGACCUGAGCACCAAAUUCAUGAACGUCCAGAAUGACAAUGAUCGUCUUACAUGUGGUAUAUACGAGAAAAUGUCUUACGGAGAGAGAGUGGGGAACCAGCUCGUUGAAUUUGCAGGGAAACUAACUCAUGGACAGUGGGGAGAAAACAAUUUUGUGGCAGUAAGGGACUGUGGCUUGGUCUGUACAUGUAAUGCAAGAUCUGCAAUGUACCAGGUUGCUGAAAAUGGGAACCUGCAGCAUAAUAUUACCUUCAGUGAUCAUUCUGUAUUCGUCUUCAAGAGCAGUAUUUCCGAAGGGACAAGGCUUGAGCAUGAAUGUUUCGGCCAAACAGGAUACAGCACUUUUAAAAUAAGGAGCAAUAAUACAAAAGUUAUCAUGGAUGACACAUUGGGCUUGGUCGCUGACGUUGCGUCUUUUACGUCAGAUGAUAAUGGAGUAACUCGGACGUAUUUCGUCACUGUUGGUCGCAUGGCUGAUGUGACCGAUUUAACCGAGACGACGCUGGUCACUGCACUACGGCUUGAGGAAAACCAGCUAGUCAAGGUUUGGUCAACACUUACACACAACAGUGCCUCGACGGUGGACAUGACAAAGGUCAAUGAUCGCUGGUACAUGUUGGUAGCAAAUGCUGCGACAGGGAACAGCACGAGUGAUCCUUACACUGCGAAGUCGCUUGUAUAUGGUUGGUUCCCCUCCGAGGAAAAGUUUUUAGUGCAAGGAGAGUACAUGGGAGAUCACGUGACGUCAGCUAUAUUCCUGAGUUCGAGUGAACCAGUACAGGAACAUUUCUUCGCUUUAGCUCAGUUAAAGGCUGCUGACUUUUCUUCCUUUGAAGAUAAUGUGAAAUAUACAACGAAAGUUCUGGUAUUCAGAUUCGACGUACGCACGUCCAAAUUCAAGCCCUACGAAUCUCUAGCCUCAUACGGUGUCGUUGCCCAGGAACAGAUGCGAAUCGGAGAUGAUUUGUACCUGUUACUUCUCUCGGAGCAUACACGCACACUGGACGUUUAUGAAUACAUAUUCUCUGAAGGGUUCCGGCUUUACCAGCAGAUUUCGGUGUGCGAUAGACCUGUUGAUCUGCAGAAGAUGGAAACCAAGAACAGACCUCUGGUUUGGAUUUCUUGUAAAAAUCCAGAGGCAAUUUUGACUCUCAGAUUCAAUACCAAAGGAUUUUUCUAUGAAUGAUAAAUUGU